ACUAUACUAGUAGACAACGUAAUCAAGUUCUGUGAAUAAGCAGUGUGUUAAGUUUAGAGCUUGAGGCAGUGAAUUUUGAUUCGUAGUUUAAAUACGUAAUUUGUUUAAAUGGCUCAAAUCUUGAGGUUUAGCCGCUCCCUUUGCAAUAUUUCUUGCGAGUUUUAGUUGCGUUGAUCUUCAUUUCUUCUCAUUUUCUUGCCUUGUUACUUCUGUAGUUUAUAGUUAUUUUGGAAAUUAACUUCCAAUGCUUUUGCAGUCAGCAUGUUGGGCGAUGGCCAAGUCAUGGCUUGAUGUUCAGGUGGAUCUUGAACUAGCCCGCUUGCAACCUGGUGGAAUGGAUCAAUUUAAAACUUAUGAAGAAGCAAUUGACAGAAGUCAUGGACAAGGAGACAAUGUUUCUCCAUCCACAGUUGGGCCAGAAAAUUGGCCACUACAAGUUCUGAAUCAGCAACCCCGGCAUCUGCCUGCGCUUCUUCAGAAACUCCAUUCAAGUGACUCAGUACAUGAAGCUAUUACUCAAGAAUGCAAGGAGCAGCACCGGCAAAUUGAAGUAAGAGCAUCUUCUUAGCAAAAGACUUUAGCAUACCUGAAUAUUCAAAUGCCACUUCUUUAUACGAAUUGGUUUUGAGCUCUAAAAUGAUGUCUCAUGGGCCACCUGUUCCAUUAUAAAUAAGGGUGGUUAUGACUUAUUGGAAAUGAUGUCUUGUUGACAGUUAACUUGUUUGAUGGACUGCCUAAAAAGGGAUUGUGUUACAGUAAUGUAAGGAUCAACCCACCUAUUUGCUGGUUUCAAUCAUCAAAGUUUAUUUUAGGUUGUGUUUGGAUCAUGGAUUUGGGUAGGGAUUUGGAAAGGGAAAGGGAAAGGGAAAGGGUACAAGUUAGUGA